AGUUCCACAAAUUCAACUUUCCUGAUUCAACCUGCGUCAGUGUAUUAUAAAUACCAUGAUCCACAACAACAGGCCACAGUGCCUGCUCUAUAUAUUCUCUUCCUUCUUGAGAAAUAGUUGGUCAGUCUUCAAUUAUGGGCACCUCUGUAGUUGCUUGUCAUGAUGCUCAUGCAGAUAUCACCUCCUUUAGUCCAACAAAACCCAUGAAAAAUAGCUGGAAAUCUGCCAUUUUCAUCAUCUUUGUGGAAAUGGCGGAGCGAUUCGCGUACUAUGGAGUUUCAGGGAACCUCAUGAGUUACCUGAACAAUGUGCUAGGAAUGCCAAUAUCUACUGCUGCUAAGAAUGUGAAUGUUUGGCAUGGUGUUUCUGCAAUAUUUCCACUGCUGGGUGCCUUCCUUGCAGAUUCUUACAUUGGUCGUUUCAAUACCAUACUUUUCUCCUCCAUUAUAUAUCUCGUGGGGCUUGUUCUACUGACAAUAUCAGUAUCUGCAAUAUCACUGGCUCAUCGGAAACCAAUUUUCUUCUUAGCCCUUUACAUUUUAAGUGUGGGAGAAGGCGGGCACAAACCAUGUGUGCAAACAUUCGCAGCUGAUCAAUUCGAUGAAAAUGUGCCUGAGGAGAAGCUGGCAAAGAGUUCAUUCUUCAAUUGGUGGUUCCUGGGCAUUGUGGUUGGAUCAACAUCAGCAAUUCUUGUUGUGAUUUAUGUACAAGAACACAUCGGAUGGGCCAUUGGAUUCGGAAUGCCAGUGGUUGCGGUUGCAGGGGCACUCUGCAUAUUUUUAAUCGGGCGAAAAACGUACAGGCGAGCAGUACCGGUAGGCAGCCCGUUCAAUCGAUUGAUGCAGGUUGUGGUGGCUGCUGUUAGAAAACGUCAUGUUUCGGAAAUGCAAGAUGGUCAAGGUCUGUGCUAUCACGAUGAGGAUCGGACAGCUCCAGCACUGGCUCGCACUAAUCAAUUUAAAUUCUUGGACAAGGCCAUGAUAAUCGACGAGACAGAUGUAUCAAACCAAAAAAGAAACAAAUGGAGACUAUGUUCUGUCAAUCAAGUUGAAGAAGUGAAGCUUAUUUUUCGCCUAUUUCCCAUCUGGAUAAGUUGUUUCAUGUUUGCAGUUGUUAUAUCACAACUUGGCACAUAUUUUACGAAACAAGGCAGUACAAUGGUCAGAAGCUUCAAGAUUCCUGCAGCCACAUUACAGGUCAUCACUGGCUUCACAAUCCUGAUCGCUGUUCCAAUCUACGAUCGUUUACUCGUUCCAAUGGCUCGAAAAAUAACCAAACAUCCCUCAGGAAUCACAAUACUGCAAAGAAUGGGGGUUGGUAUUUUUAUUUCUGUGCUGACAAUGGUAGUGGCAGCUCUAGUAGAGGCUAAAAGGAUCAGCAUUGCCAAAAAACAUGGCUUGAUCGAUGCACCAAAAUCGGUAGUCCCUAUGGCUAUCUGGUGGUUGGUUCCACAAUACGUGCUUUCUGGACUUUCAGACGUGUUUACAGUCAUCGGAAUGCAAGAACUUUUCUAUAAUCAGGUGCCAGAGGAGAUGAGAAGUAUGGGUGCAGCAAUGUACAUUAGCACGGUGGGGGUUGGGAGCUUUAUGAGCAGCGGUGUUAUAUCAAUUGUGCAGAUCAUUAGCUCAAGAAAUGGUAAAGAGGAAGGUUGGCUAGCCGGGAAUAAUCUUAACAGAGCUCAUCUUGAUUAUUUCUAUUGGGUUUUGGCUGCAUUGAGUGGCUUAAGUUUGUGCUUCUACGUCUGGGUUGCUAGGGGAUUCGUAUACAAGAAGAUCGAAUGUGAUGAUAAUACUAGUGCUGAGGCUUAAGUCGAAUGCUUUUAAGAUCUAUAAGUUACAUUAGCAGCUAGUCUAUGAACUUGUUGGUUAUAUUUUAAUUUUUAUGUUGGCAGAUACAGAAGGUAUGAACGUUUUAUAUAUGUAUGACUACAGAUUUUUGAUUACUUGAA